CAAAGAGCAAAGAGCGGAAAGGAAAUCCAUGGCCAAUAAAGAGAUGAAGGAUAAAAUCAAUAAUCUCGAUGUCCAAUUUCGUGGCAUGAGCGAAGCCAUCGAUACGCUGGGCGAAGGACUCGACAAUACCAAGACAACGGUUCAAGAUCUAAUGGAAACUGUGAAUAGGCGCUUCGACGAGAUGGCGCGCACGGUGCUCGCGCGCCUACCACCGCCGCUGCAACAUGAUCGCACACGGCAUCAUGAUCGCGAGCGGGUCGAAGGAGAGGAGCACCGACGGGAAGAGUACGAAUGCGAGGAGCAGUUCGAUCAGCAGUCCCAAGCAUCCAACUAUCGCGAGCGACGUGCACAUAAUAAGUCGCGCAUCACGUUGUCCACGUUCACGGGCAGUGAUCCGGACGCAUGGCUCAACAGGGCAACGCAAUAUUUUGAGCUCAAUGAGACCGACGACCCAAAUCGUGUAAGUUAUGCCGCAUAUUAUCUUGAUGGUGAGGCCAAUGUAUGGUGGCAAUGGCUCAUAAGGAUUUACCGUAAGCGGCAACAAAUUAUCACUUGGGAUGUUUUUGAAAAAGAGUUUCUUACACGGUUCAGUACAUCUGAUUACCAUAACAACAACGAGACUCUCAUACGCAUAAGACAGACAGGCAGCAUGCGCGAGUACAUCAGGGAGUUCGAAUGGUUGGCCUGCCGCGUGUGUGAUUGGCACGAAGAUGCAUUGGUGGGAGCGUUUGUAGGAGGAUUAAAUUUUGACCUAGCUGCAGAGGUUCGACUCGAGAGGCCAGACACCAUGCACGACGCGAUGGAGGUUGCCCCACGACGCGAGGAUCACCUGGUUGCGACGCGAAGGGGACGGGCGGACGCCCGGUUUGCUGACACGCGACGCACGGGUCUGAGUCAGGCGACCACGGGAACUAGAACAGCCAUCAACGCUCGACCAGCCGGGGCAGUAGUCAGGCGGUUGUCGCCUGAGGAAGUUAAGCGGAGACGUGAGAAAGGCCUCUGCUUUACGUGCGAAGAAAUGUUUACCCCAGGUCAUCAAUACAAACAGGCCUUUAUAACUGAGGUUGCAAAUUUCGACGAUGAGGAAACUGAAGUUGAGGAAGAACUGGAGCCAGCAGAUAACUUGGAAGCGUUCGAUGAGGAGCCAGAAACCUCGAUGCACGCAAUGGCUGGAAUUAGAGGAUCAAGACCAAUGCGACUACUAGCAUGGGUCAAAGAUCGAAGGAUAAUCGUACUCAUAGACAACAGUUCGUCGCAUAAUUUCAUUAAUGCUGACUUGUCUCAAAAGCUGAAGUUGCCAACCCCAAAGAUUGAGCCCUUUGAAGUUCGAGUAGCCAAUGGUGAAAGGCUACAAUGUACUGAGUCAUUCCAGAAGGUGCCAAUCAAGUUCAACAGAAUUACUGUGAUGGCUGACCUCUAUGCCUUACCUUUGGUUGGGCCGGAUAUAGUUCUGGGAGUACAGUGGCUCGAAAGGUUAGGCAAGGUGACUACCGACUAUCGAAUGGAAAUUAUGGAGUUCAACUCUGGAGGUCGACAAGUCACUCUGAGUUCUGGCAACGAAAAAGGUACCAAGGAAGUAGGGCUGAAAAGCAUCGAACGAGUUUG